AUGAGCUGCUUUUCGUGUUUUCAAUCUUCCAACCAAAAGAGAUCAGUUAAAAGAUCACGCAGUGGGAGGAGAUCAGGACAGACGCUCGGCUCUGUUCUUCGGAAAGAAGCCAACAUUGCACCACAACACCACCACAACCACCACCAUCAUCAUUAUCCAGCUACCAAUAAGGAAGCAGCUGGGAACAACAACAUAGCUGCACAAACAUUCAGCUUCCGCGAAUUGGCGACGGCGACGAGGAAUUUCCGCCAUGAGUGUUUGGUUGGAGAGGGCGGAUUCGGAAGAGUAUACAAGGGGAGACUAGAGAAAACUGCGCAGGUUGUAGCAGUGAAGCAGCUAGACAGGAAUGGAUUGCAAGGAAACAGAGAGUUUCUUGUUGAGGUACUGAUGUUGAGCCUCUUACACCACCAAAAUUUAGUAAACCUUAUUGGGUAUUGUGCUGAUGGGGAUCAGAGACUUUUGGUUUAUGAGUACAUGCCACUGGGGUCUCUGGAAGACCAUUUACUAGAUUUUGCACCAGGACAAAGACCAUUAGAUUGGUACAAAAGAAUGAGAAUAGCUUUAGGGGCAGCCAAGGGUCUAGAGUAUUUGCAUGACAAGGCCAAUCCCCCAGUAAUCUACCGUGACUUAAAAUCGUCUAACAUUUUGUUGGACAAGAAUUUCAAUGCUAAACUCUCGGAUUUUGGCCUAGCAAAGCUUGGGCCUGUGGGAGACAAGACACAUGUAUCUUCAAGAGUGAUGGGGACUUAUGGAUAUUGUGCCCCAGAGUAUCAAAGAACAGGGCAACUCACGGUUAAGUCAGAUGUGUACAGUUUUGGAGUCGUUUUGUUGGAGCUCAUCACUGGAAGGAGAGCCAUUGACACCACUAAACCAACCACAGAGCAUAAUCUAGUUUGUUGGGCAAACCCUGCAUUCAAAGACCCUAAAAAGUAUCCACAAUUAGCAGAUCCACUUCUCCAAGGAGAUUUCCCAAUAAGAGGGCUGCAUCAAGCGGUUGCAGUUGCAGCCAUGUGCCUCAAUGAGGAACCCUCCGUUCGCCCGCUCAUCAGCGAUGUUGUCACUGCCCUCAGCUUCCUCGGGAGCGGUCCCGACACCGACACCGACACCUGCACCACACCUCGUAUUUCUUCUUCUUCUUCUCCGAGAUCAGAUAAGAAUGUGGGUGGUGCAAAACAUGGCAGAUCUCAGGAAGAAGAAAACACGUUACGUGAACGCCAAAGAGCGGUGGCGGAAGCCAUAGAAUGGGGCUCCACUUCAAGGCACAACUCCAAAGCACGAUUUGGAAGUGCUUCUUCCUUAUAA